AGGUAAGAAAAAGUUAUACGUGCACUUCAGUAAGAAAAUCCCCAUAGUUUGAGGGCUGAAAGGAGAAAACAAAUACACGGCUCUGUGCUGCAGGAUCUCUCUCCCUCCCUCUCAGGCCACUCGGCCACUCCCACAGAACCACCUGUCAGUUCCUUACUCGCCCGCCGUUACGGGGAUUCGUGCCCAGCCCGUCGAACAAACUUCCUGGCGAAGUUCCCCCGGCAGUAGAGCUCAUUCAAACUCCACUGGUCACUACGCCCACGCCAACCACACAGACACAGUUGCGGGUUGGGCAUUUCUCGCUUCCUUUCCUUAGCCGGAGAAAUGGCAGCAACUGUCGCCGGCCGGAGACCCGAAGGUUGUUUGCUAUUCGAGCCUUCCGCCCCACAUUUCUCGAAACAGAUUCUCCGUCAAACUCUCCAUACCAACAGGCUUUUGAUUCCCAGAAGUUUCGCAAGGAAGCACGGCAGGGAGCUGUCGGGCCGCGCGACGAUCCAAGUUCCGGGCCCGAUGACCUGGAAAGUGGAGGUUUCUAGGGCAGACAGCGAAGGCAGGCUCUGGUUCCAGAAUGAAGGUUUUAAAAGGUUUCGGGAGUUCUAUUCCUUGACGCCUGGCUACUCUGUGGUUUUCCGAUACAACGGAGGAGGAGGAGAAAAUGUUUCUCUCUUCUCCGUCCUCAUCUUUGAUCCCACUGGAUCCGAGAUUCAGUACCCUGUCAUCAUACAUCCUCCCACUGCUGCUGCUGCUGCUGCUGUUGGUGAAGAUCCUCGGAAGAAAUUCCCAAAACCCACAAGGGAUUCCGAGGGAUUUUCUUCAGAUGGGUGGUCUCCUGCAAACCAAAGGAAGAGAAGAAGCAGGUCGCCAUUGCCGGUGAACAGUUACUCGCCUCCUCCGCCUCGAAAGAGGGUGAUGGCAGGCGAUUCAGCGAGGAACGAUGGUGCAAUCGGUAGACUGCCAGAAUCUGAGAGACGGGCUCUUCCUGAUUCCAGGAGCAGAGGACGUAAUGGCUGUGGGAAGCAGCUCUAUGGCGAUGAGUUGGCUGAGGAGAAGAAGCCCACUUGUAGAAGGGCUCCAAGUGGACAGACUGAGACUGCUAGCAGAGGACGAGAAUCAGAGAGAAGUGUUCUUCAUAGUUCCAGGAACAAAGUUGGCAGUAAGGUCGAGCAGUUGGGUGAAGAGGAAGUGGCAGUCGCAUUCACCUCCAGCAAACCAUGUUUCCAAGUGAAGUUAGGAAAGCGGCCGGUGUGUUCCCAUAUCACGAUACCAUCGAGCUUUUCAGCGCUGUACUUCAAGAAGGAUCCUGUGUUUCUGAAGCUAAAGGUGGGAGCUAGAUCGUGGGGCGUUAAGGCUACGAAACGUUAUCGUGCUUCGUAUAGGAUCUUCGGUGGCUGGUCGGACUUUGCGAGGGACAACUCUCUUCAGGAAGGUGAAGUCUGUUGCUUUGAGCUGAUUCAGAAGGAGGGUCUUGUGCUCGAAGUGUCUGUCUGCAAUACACUCCUGCUCCACAAGAAGUAACCUGAUCUAGGAAAGGACGACUAGUAGCCGCGACUAUUUUGGUGGCUGAAGAACACUCUUGACUGCUUUGUAGAGACCCUUUUACCAAAUAGCCACUUGUUUACUCGUUUUUAGGGGGGGAAUUUUGUGGUUCAGUAGUGACAUUAUCUACUGCUGCUGUUAAGGGACCUAGGGCUAACCUUUUUUGCUGCUUUGGCACUGUAACUAGAAUAGUAUGUUUAGUAGUAUGUUUAGUGCCUCUCUUCGGUGUUUUUUCGGGUACAUGCUAGGAAGGAUUAGGAUUAGCAGAAUCAACAGAAGUUCAGAACUCGAUCUGUAUUUGCUUAAACCCUGGAUGAAGGAAUCAGUGUGUAAAUUCACUUUCAUCCUUCCUUUCGUCAUAUGCAACGUCGAGUAGUUCUCUACACAUAUUUUCC